AUGCAAGCACUCUAUCUAAUUAGAGAGUUUGAAAUGAUGAAGAUGAAGGGGUCAGAAAGCAUAAAAAGUUACAUCGAAAAAUUACUCGGCAUUGUGAACAAGGUAAGGUUGCUCGGUAAGAAUCUUCUCGAUGAACGUAUUAUUCAAAAAAUUCUUGUAACUUUACCUGAAAAGUAUGAGUCUAAGAUUUCUUCAUUGGAAGAAACAAAAGAUUUAUCAACCAUAUUUUUGUCUGAAUUAGUAAAGGCAUUACAAGUUCAAGAGGAAAGAAGAAUCUUGAGAAAUCAAGAAAUUGAACACACAACUGAAGGAGCAUUAAUGGCCAAAACAUCAUGGAAGAAAGGAAAAUCCCAGUAUGUCCAUUGCAAAAAAAAGGGUCAUGAAGAAAAAGAUUGUUGGCACAAAGGCAAGCCUCCAUAUUUUAACUGUAAGAGAUUUGGACAUCUAGAAUAA